UAGCUUUUGCCUCAAAGCUCGCUUUUCCAUUUCACGAGCCAGCUAUUCGUCCCCCCUCUUCGAGAGCUCCGAUCAUCAUCGUCCAUGGCUUCUCGCCGGCGCAUGCUCCUCAAAGUCAUCAUUCUCGGCGAUAGCGGGGUUGGGAAGACUUCUCUGAUGAAUCAGUAUGUGAAUCGCAAGUUCAGCAAUCAGUAUAAGGCGACGAUCGGAGCUGAUUUCUUGACGAAGGAAGUUCAGUUUGAGGACAGGUUGUUCACAUUGCAGAUUUGGGAUACAGCUGGCCAAGAAAGGUUUCAAAGUCUUGGUGUGGCUUUUUACAGAGGUGCUGACUGCUGUGUUCUUGUGUACGAUGUGAAUGUGAUGAAAUCAUUUGACAAUCUAAACAACUGGCGGGAGGAGUUUUUGAUUCAGGCCGGUCCAUCAGACCCUGAAAACUUCCCAUUUGUUGUUUUGGGUAACAAGGUGGAUGUCGAUAGUGGCAAUAGUCGUGUGGUUUCUGAGAAGAAAGCGAGGGCUUGGUGUGCUUCCAAAGGAAACAUUCCUUAUUUCGAGACCUCUGCCAAAGAAGGAUUUAACGUGGAAGCUGCUUUUGAGUGUAUAGCCAAAAAUGCUUUGAAGAAUGAACCAGAAGAAGAAAUAUACCUUCCGGACACCAUUGAUGUCGUGGGUGGAGGACGGCAGCAGAGAUCCACUGGUUGCGAGUGCUGAGGAGUCCCACAGUACAUCAUUUGCCUUGGGAUGCAUGUAUGAUGCAGCUCAAGAUGUAUCAAUUCACGGUACAGAAAUUAUUCUCUUAUGUAUUGUCAAAAGGAGAGUAAAAAAGAAUUGUUCUUAAGGACUUAUGUAGAGAAUUGUUGAAUUUCCCAAUGUGUAUCUGUAUCAUAUGAGCCAAAUCGGGGAGACAUUGUUUGUUUUUU